UGCCUGGCUGCCAGCCUGCAUGGAUGUGCUCCCUUGGCGCGCUGGCAUUGGCCCGCAGGUGCGCCCCGGGGUCUGUGUUUGUUCUCUCUGUCUCUUGGGGAAUUUCGCCCGGCGCCGCGGUUUCCCAUCAAGGGGCGCGCACCGGUUCGGGGCGCGGACUUGGCCCGGGUCCUUCCUGUUAUUUUGGCCUUAGGGCGCGGACCCUUUCUUAUUUGCAGCCUCACUUUCAACGGGGCGGCCCGCCGCACACGCCGAAGAGAGCCGGCGGGCUUGGCAGGACGAGGUGAAGAAACGCCUUUGCCGUUCGUCCCUGCCUCCGCGACAAGAAUGGUCUCCCUUUGUGUGCUGGUAAGCACUGGCUCCUCCGCGCGGGGCGGCUGCGUCGAAUUUGGAAUUUCG